GCUCCAUUCCAGCUUCAGCGUCUUUGCCUUCCCAGACUCUGACUUUUCAAGCAUCACCCUCCAAAAAAAAAACUGCCAUCAUGACAGACUGGACGGAAUGUAUGAAUUACGGCAUGUUCAUUGCCAGACAGGCCAGAGAGGUGAUCCUCCACGCCUUCAGGAUCAAGAAGGCGGUGAUGCUGAAGAGCUCUCCCGCAGACCUGGUCACUGAGACGGACCAGCGGGUGGAGAAAAUGCUCAUAUCCGCCAUCAGGGACAAGUACCCUAAGCACAAGUUCAUUGGUGAGGAGUCCGUGGCCGCUGGUGAGCACCUUGUUUUGACUGACAGCCCCACCUGGAUCAUCGACCCCAUCGAUGGCACUGCCAACUUUGUGCACAGGUUUCCCUUUGUGGCUAUUUCUAUAGCCUUUGCUGUGAAUAAGCAGACUGAGUUUGGGAUCGUCUACAGCUGUAUAGAGGACAAACUCUACUCAGCCCAGAGGGGAAGGGGUGCGUUCUGUAACGACAUCCCCCUCUCCAGCUCUGGCCAGAACGAUAUCACCAAGUGCCUGGUGGUGACAGAGAUCGGGGCGGAGAGGGAUCAGGUGGCCCUGGCUACGAUGACAUCCAACAUUCACCGAAUACUGGAGAUCCCAAUCCAUGGCAUCAGGGCCGUGGGCACAGCAGCUGUGGACAUGUGUCUGAUUGCCACCGGUGGGGCCGACGCCUACUACCACAUCGGCAUGCACUGCUGGGACAUCGCAGCCUCCGCCAUCAUCGUGUGCGAAGCGGGCGGCGUGGUCAUCGACACCAACGGGUCGGAGUUCGACAUGAUGUCGCGGCGCGUGAUAGCGGCCAGCAGCAUGAGCGUGGCGCAGAAGAUCUCCAAGGUGAUCACGGCCUUCCCCUGCGAACGGGACGACGUGCUCGACGCCCGGCCCAUGAAGGGCGUGCACGACUACAGCGUCGACAGCCCCAAAGGAGUCCGCAAGACCGCGGGCGGCUUCGUCCACCACUAA